CUGGUGACGUCACGGCGGGGUGGGGGUGGUUACAGUUCGCCAGGUUCCAAGAUGGCAACGUCCACGGAGCUCAGCUUGGAGAUUUUACCGUCAGAUCCUUUGCUGUUGAUUUUGUCGUUUCUCGAUUUUAAAGAUUUAAUCAGCUGCAGUCAUGUCAGUCGAAGGCUUCAGGAACUCUCGAAUCACAACCCGCUGUGGAAGAGGCAUUGUCAGAAACACUGGCUGCUGUCUGAGUCAGAUAAAGCCCAGAGGACUCAGAGCUGGAAGGACUUGUUCAGAGAGUUUUACUCUGAUUUAGGACGUUAUAUAGAGCACUACGCAACCCUGAAACGAGCUUGGGAUGAUCUGAAGAGAUACCUGGACCAGGAAUGCCCCAGGAUGAUCAUCUCACUGAAAGAUGGCGUGAAAGAUGAUGAACUGAACGCUAUCGAAGCACAGAUAGGCUGCAAACUCCCUCAUGAUUACCGCUGCUCGUUUCGAAUACACAACGGGCAGAAACUGGUCGUACCCGGGCUGAUGGGGAGCAUGGCCCUGUCCAAUCACUACCGCUCGGAGGACCUGCUGGACAUCGAGACGGCAGCAGGGGGGUUCCAGCAGAGGAAGGGGCUCCGGCAGUGCCUCCCCCUCACCUUCUGCUUCCACACCGGCCUGAGCCAGUACAUGGCGCUGGAGAGCGUGGAGGGACGUCACCGAUACGAGAUCUUCUACCACUGCCCGGACCAAAUGGCCCGUGACCCUUCUGCUAUUGACAUGUUUAUAACAGGGUCUUGCUUCACAGAGUGGUUUACUUCGUACGUUCACAGUGUGGUAACCGGGGGCUAUCCAAUAAUCCGGAACCAGAUCUUCAGGUAUGUCCAUGACAAGGAGUGUGUGGCCACAACGGGGGAUAUCACAGUCUCAGUGUCUACCUCAUUCCUCCCUGAACUCAGCUCUGUGCACCCGCCUCACUACUUCUUCACAUACAGAAUCAGAAUCGAGAUGUCGAAGGAUGCCUUGCCAGAGAAUGCAUGCCAGCUGGACAGCAGAUACUGGAAAAUAACAAAUGCAAAUGGAAACGUGGAAGAGGUCCAGGGUCCAGGUGUUGUGGGCGAGUUUCCUGUGAUGCAGCCUGGGAAGGUGCACGAGUAUGCCAGCUGCACCACCUUCUCAACCACCUCCGGGCACAUGGAGGGGCAUUACACCUUCCACCGGCUCAAGAACAAGGAGGUGAUGUUCAACAUCACCAUCCCUCGCUUCCACAUGGUCUGCCCUCCCUUCCGCAAGUCUGUGGUGCGGACGGGAUCAGCAAGUGACGUCUCCCACACCUCGUGGAACGACGAAGAGAACUCGACAGACACGGAUGAUUAUGAAGACGCAGAGCAGGGGGGGCUUGGUUUCCCUGCCCCCAGCGGUCACUGUCCACGGCGUAUCUGAUGCACUUUUAUACCACGGGACUUUGGGAGUGGGGGUUGGGAUCUUGAGCCCUACAGGGUGGCUGACAGAGUCUGUGAUGCGGCUUUAUACCUGCCUCUGUAACUUUUUCAUGUGUGUGUCUGUGUGUGUGUGUGUGUGUGUGUGUGUGUGUGAAAACCUCCAAUACCUUGGGCCUGAUUUCCCACUGUGGGAAAAAUUCCCAUGUUCUUUAUUUAGUGUCGCCAUUCACCAAGAUUGCAAGUGUACAGUUUUGUUAUUGCUGGUAGGAAGAUACUGCAGCCUUUAAUAGUUUUUUUUAUACCUCCAGUUUGAAUGAUACAGGUAUACCUGUGUUAUCACUGCUUUGUUCAAAAUGUAUAUAGCACAGCAUCUCUGUGAGUGUAUGCAGUGCUGUCCCUUUGUACUGCUGUACUGGUUACAAGUCCUGGUUUCCAUUAGCAGUUGCACUUUCAUACUCAUUACAAGGCAGAACACAAAUAGCACAGUCUUGGAACUGUGGCUCCCCACUGUAGCGUUGUGAAGGGGAGCACUGUACUUUUGUUUUGUUAGGAUGCUACUGUAGAUUUAAAAGAAACGGUAAUUGUAAGAUUGCUCAUAAUGUGGUUAACUUGGUCUAAACGGUUGUUAAAGACGUUCUUUUCCUGGCCAGUGGCACAGCCGCAGGGGAAAAUCGAAUGCGUUUCUAUUUAAUGAGUGCUCUUUUGAAAAACGCUGUAGAUAUUUUCAUUAAAUGGGGAGGGGAAAUGAUGGAGGGAUUUGAGUCAUAUGCUCCGGCUCUUUCAACCAUCAAAGCCCACAAGCCUUUAGACAGAUCUACUUUAAAAAAAUAUAUAUAUAAAUAUAUAAUGUUGCUUUAAGCACACAUAUCUUCUUGGAGGUAUGUGUGCUUAUUAAAGCAACGUGCAGUCUGCAAUAAUAGAUCAUCAUUAUUUUUUUUUUUUUUUAAGUAGCAGUGUUGGAGAUUUCCGCAAUACAUGAUAUUUCAAAUAAACGCCAUUUGAAACACUGCAGGGAAUUAUUUUUUAAUUUCAGAUCCGGUUUUUUGAUUGCUCCUGUAAAUAUUGGCUUUAAAUGUUUCCUCCACAUUUAUCAAAGUGAUAUUGGUGUCACUUUGUAAUGCAAUUAAUCUCUGCAUCGAGUGAUCGGGUGAUAUUUCUCAAUUGCUGCCCAAUAAUAAAUACCUACAAUUUACAUUAUUGUUGUUUUUUUUUGCCAAGUGAUGCGUUUAUAUUUUAUUCGAAAUGUUUUUCAAUCUCAUGAAUGAGUUCUAUGUAUUUCCCUGCAGAGUUUAAAAUUGUAUGGUUGUGAAGUUCUCUUAGGAGGGUAAAAUACAAUGCCACACCUUUAUAGCUUUCACACUUGCUUGGGGCAAAAUAUCUUACAAUAGGAACCAGGCAUAAACUAUUUUAUAGAAACACCUGCACACUACAGUCUUCCUUCUGGGUUCGUUAUUGUAAGAUAAUAUGGUUUGGAGGGAAUAAGGUGCUGUGUUUAAACAAAUCCAGAUUCACUCCUGUGGUAAAAUUAGUUUGAUCCAUUCCUGGUUUUACUAUGAUCUUAAUAUAACACACCUGAGCUUGUUACCUAUACACUGGGGCUACUCAAGCUCGUAGUAAAACCUGGAAUGGGCGAAACUGCUAUGCAAUAGGAGUCUUUUUUUUUAGAUCCCUGUAGUUGAUUCUUGUGCAGUUUUUGUAGACAGACCAGGUCGUCCCUCUGUUUACUGUUUAUUUGUGUGUUGCUGAAUCACUGGUGGCGCUUUCAGCAUUUGCAAAAUAAUAGCUGUGCUGGGAAUCAAAUCCCAUUUUCCCCUUAAAGAAUCCAGCUUCUGUGUUUAAGAUUUGAGUCUGGAUUAUUGGAGCAGUAGAGCAGUGUUCUGGGGGUGUCUGUGAUCCACCAUCAUACAAUGAUUGAUACACUGUACUGUUCUUUAGAGGCAGGAAUCCACAGCUCUCUACUUAUUGAUUGCUGGACUGGCAUUGUCGGUUUUUUCCAAUAUCCAUCAAUUUCAUUACUCAUCUCAGUUUGUAAAUAGAAAGUACCAUGCUGGCAUUAAUAAAUACCCUUUUCUUUGAAA